UUCUGGAUCUUUUCGAUGAUUCAGCUGGAUAUUAAUCUACGCAUUUCUAGUAAUUACGCAUUUGCAGUAAUUACUUAAAUAUCAAUUGAUAGUUGAUCGCAAUUGAACGCAAUGAAGCUGUUUAUAUUUUUUUUACUUCUUGUGUUGCAAAUUCUCCUAACACUCUCCGCGCCAAGUAUGGAAGAAUUUGAUUCAUUGAGACAGAACUUAGAAGCAGAUAACUAUGACAAACAUGUACGUGUUCGCCGUUUCACGUGCGAUGUUCUUGCCGUCUUUGGAAAUGAUGUAACUCGUUCUGCAUGCGCGUUCCAUUGUCUCAUGCUAGGAAAACACGGUGGAGAUUGUCAAAAUGCUAUUUGUGUUUGUCGAAGUGAAAACAUUGUGGACACUUUGAUCAAACAGUUUGGAUAGAGUAAUAUUGAUCAAUUGAGUUCUAAGGGUAAUUUUAAAUAUCUCGCAUUCCUAAAACAAAAAGACGUAUAAAUAAUUUUCUUUACUCUAAUCAACUCAGGAGUGUAAAAACUUAAUAAAAAAAUAGAAAAUAAA